AUGUUCAGUCACCCUCCUACAGUCUGCUUAUGUGAGUCCUGGCUUUCGACAAUUGAAAAACUGAGGUUCAGAGCUGAAGCCACACAGGAAUGUCUGGAGGAGCUGGGAUUUUCUGGUCCCUCCAGGGUAUGCAGGGCUCCUGAGUUGCUGGGCGAGAUGUCACCUCCUUCAUGGGGACUGGGGGGGUCACAGGACCUCCAACCACCACCUCCUUUUCCCCUCCCUGCUGUGCGUGAAGUGGGGAGAACAGCCCACCUCGUGACUGGGGAUGGCCCAGUCGGCCUGCAGCCCUGGUGGAGUCUGAAAUGGGAUUCCGAAGCCUUUCCAGUGUUUGAAUCCUUGGUGAAAUUUGAGAGGCCUGACCUUUCCAUCAGAGACAAGUCCUUACACCUCAUCACCCCCGCCUCUUCUGGAAUCCAGAAAAUCCCAGCUUGUGCUCCAUCUCUUGUGCACUCAAGACAGCGUCCCUGUUGCUUCAGCUUGCAGGGACAAAGUCCUCUGCAGCCACUGGCCAGGCCAAGCUGGCAAACAGGUGCCACGAAUCACCUCCUCAAGCCAGAAGUUAAACCACUACCAGUACACCUCUGGCCAGGCUCUUCAACUCAUCCAACGGAUGCGGAAACAGGCCCACGGAAGAACCUGCCAUGGCUCCCCAGUGCCAAGGAGACCCCACUCCUCACAGUAUAGCUGCAAGUCCCUGUGUGGCUCAGCGCUAGCUUCAAGCUGAAGUCACUUCCUCUUCCCGGACACAGCCGGCCAUGCUUGCCUCUAAACAGCA